AUGCGGUUGGAAGAAAUAUUCCGUAAAAGUCGAAAGACUGAGCCGAAAGCAAUUGUUAUUUGUCGUAAAUUAAUUCUACUUGUAAUUAUUGCUUUAUUGAUCGGAUAUACGGCUUAUCUCAUAAUUAAUAUAUGCAAUGACAUUCCGAUACUGAAGACAGAGUCGAGAACGGACAGCGUUCUUAGACUUCCAACAGUAAAAUUUGGCUUUGACUAUCGAUACACUGUUGACUGUACACUCGCCUCUUAUAAUUCAUCAAACGCACCAGAUUGCUCCGCUUAUAUCACACAACCUACCUUUAAUCAGACUACUCAAUCGUACAAGGGAUCGUUUGAUCCUCCACCUAAUUUAAUGGUAGAGGGUCAAGACCAUCCAAAUGGGAUACUUGGAGCUGCGUUAAUGUUUACUGUAACUGAUCGAGGAUUCAACUACAACGACUUCAAAUAUACGGACGAUUCAUAUACUCAACUCCUUCGUAAAGUCGAAAAGAGCGACCCAGAAUUCUUCAACUCUUUGUCAGUGGGGUCAGUACAUUCUCUAUAUUACAAGCAAGCAUACACAGUGUCAUACACUCAAAGUGAGAGACACAUAAUGAAAAAAAAUUUGCUAUCUGCUUUUGGCAUCCCGACUGGCACACUACGUGUACCUUACAUCAGUGCAGAGUUAGAGGGUGGACCACUGCCUGAUUCUAUUAUUGGAUAUGGAUUCGCGAUAUUUAAACCUCAGACCUUUGUUGUUAAGGUUGAGGUUGAACAAAGAUCAAACACGGUUCUCGGUGCAUUCGGUUUGCUUGGUGGUAUAUGGAGCAUAGCUGCGGGACUGUAUGUCUUCCUAUUAGGAAAGGAAACAAUACGACCAUGGGGUUGUGUUCAGUCUUAUUGUUGCUGUUUCAUUCGACCAACACGUUCAAAGCUAUAUAAAUCAUUCCCAGUCAUUCCGUUUCAAUCUUCCAAAGAAUCAUCAGAGUCAGAGUCAUCAUUCCAAUCAGAAGAUACAACAGAAUUGCAAAAAAGAUUAGAAGCAUUGGAACUGUUUAUCCAAGAAUUUAUGGUCGAUACAGGAUAUUUAGAUGGGUUGGAUAAGGGCGAAUGUCCAGGUCGAGUAAGUGCUUGGCUGUCACGUUUUGAGUUGAAAAAGAACAGACUAAAUAAAGCGUCUGGCAGUGGAAACGGAUAUGCAAAAAGCAGAACUAGUACGCAAAGAAUGUCGGAAACGCCAACCCAAACCCAUAGUUUGCCUAUUCCGCCUUCGUCUAUAGCUGAAGUCUAUUCGGAAUCUUCACGUCCAGAUUCUUAUUAUUCUUCCCAACCCGACACGUAUGCGUCUGGCUUACCGGUGAGACAAGAUCAAUCGCAGCCAGUUCAAGAAGGGUAUGCAGACGAUAAUGACAUUCGAUCAAGCCAGUUGCUUCACACGGCACCGCAAAUUUAUACUAAUCAAGAAAGAUAA